AUGAGGUUUAUUUCACUGGUAGGAACCGCUUUAAUCAGCGGCAAGGUGUCAGCUGAAAGUUCCAUAGAGCAAACUGCUGUUCACGAUUCAACAAACUUUUGCAAGAUAAACAAAGACGAAGUCAUCGGGUCAACUUGUGAUGUGACUUUCAAAGAAAUCAACGAAAUCAAUGCAAAAAUACGGCCUGAUCUUUUGUCGCUGGUGCACAGUGACUUUUUCAAAUACUUCAAACUGAACCUGUACAAACAGUGCCCCUUUUGGAACGAUAACAACGGGUAUUGCGUAAACAGAGCAUGCGCCGUUGAUGUCAUCGAAGACUGGGAGAAGCUACCGGAAUACUGGCAACCUGAGGUCCUUGGGGGACUUGCUGACGAAAGUGUCGAAGUCGAUGGCUCGAAGGACGAUGAGUGUGCGUUUUUGGACCAGCUUUGUGAUAAAGCUCGAAAUGGUAUCGUUGACCAGCCAGACUUUAACUACUGCGAUGUCGGUGACUUCCACAACAACGAGUCUGUACUUGUUGACCUGACUGCUAAUCCAGAAAGGUUCACCGGAUAUGGAGGAGAUCAGUCUUCACAAAUAUGGUCAAGCAUCUAUAGAGAAAACUGCUUUUCAUCCGAUCAUGAAGAUCAAUGUCUGGCGAAAGACGCUUUCUACAGACUUGUAUCGGGUCUCCACGCCUCCAUUGGAACGCAUUUGUCCAAUGAUUAUCUGAAUACUGAAACUGCAAAAUGGGGUCCUAACCUAGAUUUGUUCAUGGCAAGAGUUGGCAAUUUCCCUGAUCGUGUUGCAAACAUUUACUUCAACUACGCAGUAGUUGCUAAAGCUCUUUGGAAGAUUCAACCAUACCUUGCACACUUAGACUUCUGCAAUGCGUAUCAUGAAGACGUAAAGUCAAUGAUCGAGAGCGUGGUGUCCAAUUUGGAUUCUAAAAUCUUCAAUGAAAAUCUGUUAUUCCAAGACCAGAUAAGCUCAAGUUUGAAGGACGAUUUUAGAACUCGCUUCAAGAACGUUACUACCAUAAUGGACUGUGUACACUGCGACAGGUGUAGAUUGUGGGGAAAGGUGCAGACCACUGGCUACGCUACCGGCCUAAAGAUACUUUUCGAAAUUGAUUCCGAGGAUGAAGCUGCCAGACAAAAUGUUGUGGACAAACUAACAAAGUAUGAACUCAUCGCACUAUUCAACACGUUUGAUAGGCUUUCUAAAAGUAUCGAAUCCAUUAACAAUUUUGAAAAAAUGUACAAUGAAAAGGUCCAGAGCACUGGGGGCAGAAUAUUGUCACUUUUCAAGAGCAACAAUUUCUUCAAAAUUCUUGGCAACGCUGGGAAGUCACUAAGCUCAUCGCUCAUAAGCAAUUCUUCCGAAGAGCCUAAUACACAGGAUGUGACCGCAACCAGCAGUAUUACGAAGACAGAAACUCCUGAAGCUAAGUUUCAAGACUUGAAGCUUCCGACGAAGAAGGUCACCAAGAAAGCGAGCAAGAACACUCUCGGGGGGGCCUGGCAUACUGAAAUUAAUAAUGUCAAAGAAGCGUUUAUUUUCCUUGGAAAAAGUUACUUGAACUUGCCAAGAACGCUUGCGAGGAUGGCUUUGUUCAAACUCAGUAGAGCAUGGAACAAUUUCGUGGGAGUUCCAAACUAUGUCAAUGAAGUUGAAAAUAAUUCAAAUACUUACCAGCUCAAUAUAAAUUAG